UUUGCUGCUGAUGAAUAAUAAUGUUGGCUUGCAUAGAAUGCCUUUCAACAACAAAUUUUUGCUUUGUGUCGUUGAGAUUCAAAAUAUAUUGUUGCAGAUACAAAUUUGUUGCUGCCAAAUGUAUGGAAUACAAUACAAACCAUCAGGUUGAUGGUCCUGUCAAAAUCUGUACAUUCCCACCCAAACAUGGAGUAUCACAGGAAGAAAUAAACGCCGUUAUACAACAUAUUAAAACUUUAAAUUAAUAAA